AUGUCUCGUCGAGUAAAGAUCUUGUUUGUUUCAUCAUCAUUUACUUUAAUUAUUUAUCUACUUCGUCGUUAUCGUCGAUAUCUUCUACGUAAAACACGGCAAACAUCAGUUACACAAGGAUCUCUAAUAAAUAUUCCUUCUUCAUCAUCAUCAUCAUCUGGUAUUUCAGUUAAUAAACGAUUUUUAAAUCAACUUUUAGUAAUUAUUCGAAUAUUUAAUCCACGUUUUGGAAGUGAUGCAUUUUUUUUACUAAUUACACAUGUAACUACACUUAUUUCACGAACAUUUCUUUCCAUUUAUAUUGCACGUCUUGAAGGUGCUAUUGUAAAAUCAUUAGUACAACGAAAUCUACGUGAUUUUAUUCGUACAAUUUGUAUUUUUCUUACUGUCGCUGUUCCAUCGAGUUUUAUCAAUAGUUUAAUUCGAUAUACUGAAUCAAAACUGGCAUUAGCUUUUCGUACAAAAUUAACUCGUUAUGCUUACGACUCAUAUUUUCGUAACCAAACCUAUUUUCGUGUAUCGAAUUUAGAUAGUCGUUUACUUACACCAGAUCAAAAUCUAACAGAUGAUAUCGAAACAUUUGCAUCUACACUGACACAUCUGUUUUCUCAAUUAACAAAACCAUUUUUGGAUGUUGCGAUCAUAACAUGGACACUUGUUAGAAUGGUUCAACAGAAAAAAACUGCACGAGGUCUUAGAGAAGUACCUAUUUUAACAAUUAUGGUUAUUUUUUUAACAUUUUGGGCUCUACGAAAACUUUCGCCACGAUUUGGUAGACUUGUUUCGGAAGAAGCGAAACGACGAGGUUUACUUCGUUUUGCACAUACAAGAAUUAUUGCAAAUGCUGAAGAAAUUGCAUUUUUUGAUGGUCAUGAAGUAGAAAAAAAUUGGAUAUUAAAAUUAUAUAAUCAAUUACGAGAACAAACUAAUUUAAUCAUUAAAAAGAAAUUAUGGUUCAUCAUGUUAGAACAAUUUCUUAUGAAAUAUUUUUGGCAUUCAUGUGGAAUGAUAUUUAUUGCUAUACCACUUCUAUCGUAUGAUGGACCACCAACAACAGAUGAUCCAAUUGGAGAUCCACUUGGUAUAAGUACACGUACACAAGAGUUUACAGUUAGUAAAAAUUUAUUAUCUUCGGGUGCUGAUGCAGUAGAACGUAUUAUAUCAUCAUAUAAAGAAAUUGCAGAAUUAGCAGGACGUACAAAUCGAGUUUAUACAAUGCUUCAUGUAUUUGAUGAGUGUGCAAAUGAACGAUAUCGACGAAUUUCUAUGACAAUCGAUGAUCAUACAUCGAUAGAUAUGAAACGAAAAGUUAUAUUAAACCAACAAGCAGAAGGUCAAAUUAUUGAAUCAGAUGAAAAUAUAAUCGUUGAAAAUGUACCAAUUAUUACACCAAAUGGUGAUAUUAUUGUUGAAAGUCUUUCGUUGAAAAUUAUCCCAACUAUGCAUGUUCUUAUCACAGGUCCUAAUGGUUGUGGUAAAUCUUCAUUCUUUCGACUUAUUCGAGGUUUAUGGCCAAUCUAUUCGGGUCGUCUUUAUCGACCAAAUCCAUCAAAUUUCUUUCUGAUUCCACAGAAACCAUACAUGUGUCCAGGUACCUUACGUGAUCAAAUAAUUUAUCCACAUACAAUCGAUCAAACAUUUGCUAAUGAUGAUCAAUUAAUGGAAAUGUUACAUUAUGUUGAAUUACAAUAUAUCGUACAACGUGAAGGUGGUUUAAAUGCUGAACGUGAUUGGAAAGAUAUUCUUUCUGGUGGUGAAAAACAACGUCUUGGUUUAGCUCGUAUGUUUUAUCAUAAACCUAAAUAUGCUUUACUUGAUGAAUGUACAAGUGCUGUAUCGAUUGAUGUUGAAGGAAAAAUUUAUGAACGAGCAAAGCAACUUGGUAUUUCUCUAUUGACAAUUACACAUCGACCUUCUCUUUGGGCUUAUCAUACACAUUUACUUCAAUUUAAUGGCGAAGGUCAAUGGACAUUUGAAGUUCUUAAUACAGAAAAACGUUUAACUCUUAAAGGUGAAAAAGAACGUCUUGAAGCACAAUUAGCUGGUGUUCCUGCAAUACAACAACGUUUAAGUGAAUUAUGUCAUUUACUUGGUGAAGAUACGAUAGACAAUUGUAAAUAA